GUGAAUUCAGCAUGGCUCCUGUUUGGCUUCCUUUUCUUCUUCUGCUCUCCUCCCUCCUCAAAGCGCAGGAGACUCCAGACUCCUCUCCAGGAGUCACAGUGGAGGCAGACAACAGCACAGGACCAUAUGUCUCCACCUCCGGACCCUCUGGUCCUUCUGGGGUUGUGACGCCCUCGGACCCCCCCACCGUGCAGGAAGAUGAUUGGACCCCUGCGGAGAGCUUCCUGUACUCCGGAGACUCCUCGGCUCUGGAGGUUUCUCGUUGCUCACGAGCGUUCAGUCUCUCGGGACAAAACGCCCCCUCGCUGCCCCCCAGCUUCAGCGCCCCCCUGAGACCGGCUCUGGGCGCACUCGCUAACACGGCUAACUUCCUCAACAUGAUCUUCCAGGCGAGCGACCUGCGGGAGAGCACAGUGCAGGAGGACAUGGAGUGGUACCACGCUAUGGUCCGCGCCCUCCUGGAGGCCGACAUGUUAAUCCGGAGGGCCCUGCUCACUUUUGACGCCGAUCCCACGUCCCCCGAGCCCCAGCUGGUGCUCUGCGCCUCCCGAAACCCCAACGCCAAGGUGCAGACCAUCAUCCUGCAGGAUCUGUCCAGAGCCUGGGAGGAGCUGCACCCCCCGGCACCGGCCCCCGACGACAGCUGGUUCAGAAACUUCAAGUUCCCGGAGCCCAGCCAACAGAGCCAACCAAUGUCUCUGUCGAAGAGAGUGUUGCUGAACGACCUGAGCACUUUGGACACGCCCAAGUGGAGACAGGGCGACAGCUACGUGACCAAUCACAGCGGGGUACGGUGGGCCGACGCCCCCUUCCUCGACUGUGAGGACGGACUGUUUGUUUCUGAUUGGAUGCUCACAUUGUCCACAGCAUUCUACGGACUCAAGCCAGACCUGACCCCAGAGUUCAGAGGUGUGAUCCGGGUGGACGUCAACAUCCAGGACAUGGACCUGGAUCAGUGUUCAGAAGGAGACGGAUGGUUCUCUGACUCUCACCAGUGCAACCGCACCACCAUGGAGUGCAUAGCGACUCCAGGACAGGGCUUUCGUCUGGGUCAGUACUGCUGCCGCUGCAGAGACGGAUACUACGACCCCGAGACCAUCCCUCAGGACUCAGAUGGCGGCUCUAUGAACAGCAGCAUUGAAGGUGUGUGUUACCCCGACCUGCCCGUGUGCCUGCCCUGCUGGUCGGGGUGCAGCAGCUGCCGGGACGGGACCCCCUGCUGGGUGCAGGAGGGGGGGGUGCUGCGGGGCGCCGUGCUCACCCUGCAGGGGGUCUUCAUGAUCCUCAUCUUCGUCAGCAUGCUGGUGGCCUACAGGCAUCGCAGGAACCGGAGGAUCCGGGCGUCCGGCCUCCUGCUCCUCGAGACCAUCCUGUUCGGCUCGUUGCUGCUCUACUUCCCGGUGUUCAUCAUGUACUUCAAGCCGAGUACCUUCAGGUGUAUUCUGCUCCGCUGGGUCCGGAUGCUCGGCUUCUCCAUCGUCUACGGGACCAUCACUCUGAAGAUGUACAGGGUGCUGAAGGUGUUCCUCUCUCGCACGGCGCAGAGGGUGCCCUACCUGUCCAGCCUGUACCUGCUGAGGAUCCUGAGCGUGAUGCUGCUGAUGGUCAGCUGGUUCCUGUGUGCGUGGACGGUGGGCGUCCUGCAGAACCGAGACAGGAACAUCCCCGUGUUCAUCACGACCAACACGUCUGACGGGCAGGGCUUCAACCUGUGCUUCAUGGACCGCUGGGACUACAUGAUGUCCGUGGCGGAGCUCCUGUUCCUGUGUUGGGGAAGUUCUCUGUGGACCGCCGUCAGACCGGUUCCCUCCGCUUUCCACGAGCCGCGCUACAUGGGCAUCGCCAUCCACAACGAGCUGCUCCUCUCCUCCAUGUUUCACCUGUUCAGGUUUACCUUUUCCUCUCUGCAUCCUGAUUGGAUGUUGCUGCUCUCCUUCACGCAUACCCAUGUGACCAUCACUGUGACACUUGCCCUGCUUUUCAUUCCCAAGUUUCUCUAUGUGUCUAAGCCGGGGAGAGAGGAGAUUGCAGCAGAGGUUUAUGAAGAUGAAGUCGACCUGCGGCGCUCCGGCUCGUACCUCAACAGCAGUUUUCACUCUGCUUGGAGUGAACACAGUGGAGUGGACCCGGAUGACUUCAGGGAUGAACUGAAGAAGUUAUAUGCCCAGUUAGAAGUCCACAAGACCAAGAAGAUGACGGCAAAAAAUCCUCAUCUGUCAAAGAAGCAAAGUUCUCGAUGCGCAUUAGGAAGAUCUAUCAUUAAACGCAUUGCUGAGAUCCCAGAAAGCAUGAGCCGACGGUGCAGCCGCGACGACAGAGAGGGCUUCCUCCAAAGUAAAAGUGUGAAUCAGUCUGAGUCCUCCAAAAGAGCUCCAGAUUCGGUCACUAUCAGCCUCAAAAGUUCAAUGAAGUACCCAUCACCGUACCCAUCACCGUACCCAUCACCGUACCCAUCACCAUCACCAGCAAUGCACAAGUCCCAGAGCGAUCAUCACUAUAUCAGGGAAAGAGACCCUUCCUUGCGUGACUCCAUGUUAAUGGCCAACGCUUUGAAAAGGACUUCCCGUCAAUCAGAGACAGAUUCCUUGGAUAUUCCACUAGGGCUCUGCAAGUCAGCUAGUGCCCAAAAUCUGUCAAUUGAUAUCAAUCUCUUGCAUCCUGAUCACACCAGGCUUCAGAAAUCCUGGAGUCUAACUUCCGCUUCUAGGAGUUUAAUGGAGAACAUCCCCAAAGUUACCAGAGCCAGCACAGUGCUGACACGGUCGGGACCGAGCCUUUCCAUCAGUGAACAGACCAGAAGUGCCCUCCAGUCAGGGUCUUUUGACAAGUCUGAUGUAUGUCCUUGGGAAGAGGAGCAAGAACAGUCAGGGGACAAGAACCAGAAACAUGUGACCUACGCAAACUCAAUGGAGAGUGAAGACAAUGGGGCAACAUCUCCAAAAGGGCUCGUCUGUCCCUGGGAGAAUUUACCACCUGUAGAGAAGAAGCCUUCAGAAGAUAGCGAAACAUUUGAAACGGACUACCCAAAACUGCAGGCGUCUGUUUCUGCAAGUGCACCUUGCACUCCGAGACCAAAAUUCACAAAAGAUCAACGCGUCUUCUCCUUCCGGACCGCCACCACUACGUGGCUCUCUGUGAAAACAGCAAUGGUAAACUUUGAGCCAGGAAGCAAGUCCAGUGUGGAUGGAAAAACAAAUAAGGAGGACUCUAUUUCACUAAAAAGUCAUGAAAGUGUUUCUAGUAGACGACCAAGCAUGGAAAAGAGGUCACUGCUGAAAAGUAUGACAACAGUCAACAAGCCAUGCCUUGUCAAGCAGAACGCCAUCAGACGUUCCUCUGGGGAUUCUCUCGACAGAAGCCAAAGAAGGCCCUCAAUUGGAAAAUGUGCCGUCUACCCUUGGGAUAUUGAUGAAACGCCAAAAGAUGGCAAUCAUGAAAGUGUGAUUCUAUCAAGGCAGAACAGCAAACGUAGUACCAGUUCUUGGGAGACUGCCAGUAGCUGUAGAACUCCUUCAACUCACAGAAGGGGUAGUAAUCGAAUUACACCCGUACACAAUAUUUCCUUUGGAAAUGUGUGUCCAUUGGAGGGAGCUGGUACUUCCCAAGGAGAGAAGGGUCUAAAGAGGCAGCAGACUAUUCAAGGAGAUGUAUGUCCAUGGGAAUCUCAAGAGGAAGACUAUGUGAGAGAACAAGGAAGUGGCAAAAGUGAGACCUGUCCUUGGGAGACGCAGGAUAUCCCAGUUAUUUGUUAUACUAACACGUCCAAAGAUUUACAAACACAACAGUCUUUGAAACCUACAGCAGAUGUGUGUCCCUGGGAAACUGCAGAAAGCCCCCAACCUUCAAUAGGGCAAGAAAGUGAAUAUGUUAAUGUUUGCCCUUGGGAUGUUAAGGACAAGGCUGAAGUUAAAUACGAGAACCUAAAUCCCUUGGGGACCAGAGGAACGCUGUCUGUGCCCCUUAAACAUGACGUUUUUAAACCUGACGUCCAUCACAGUGCAUCAACAAAAGGUUAUGAAGGGCAACAACUCGCAAAAUCAGAAGCCCUGCAUUUGGGUGAACAAGUCACCAAGGCAGCAGAAAGUUGUCCGUGGGAUUUCCCUGAUCCCCCUGAAAACCUUGGAGACCUCUGUCCAUGGGAAGAGGGUAACACUGAUCCAACAAAUACAGGCUCAUCUACCAUCAAGGUAGAUAUGUGUCCCUGGGAAACAGGAAAUCAAGAAGGCUCACAACAAAGAGUCUCACCUUUAAUAGCUGCUUCCCUGCAGAGUGAGGAGAAAGAUGCCACAAAAGUAAAUAUAUGUCCUUGGGAAACUGACCCCCCACAAACAACUGAAGCUACCAAGAUUGUGUCACAUGGACUGGAAAGGUCUUCAGAUGUUUUUCCAUGGGAUACAAAGGAAUCAGUGGCAGUCAAAACUCAAGAAUCAAAAGCCUCAGAGGAACCAAAUACCAGGGAAAACGUUUGUCCGUGGGACGCAGAAGCCCCAGAGGUUCUCAAAAAGCAAGAUACCGUGCCAGCGAAUGUUUGUCCAUGGAACACAGAAGAGCCAAAGGUUCUACAGAAGCAAGAUACAGUUAAGGUAGAUGUUUGUCCAUGGGAUACAGGAGAGCCAAAGGUUCUCAAAAAGCAAGAUAGCGUAAAGGCAGAUGUUUGUCCGUGGGAUACAGGAGAGCCAAAGGUUCUACAGAAGCAAGAUAGCGUACAGAAAGAUGUUUGUCCGUGGGAUACAGAAGAGCCAAAGGUUCUACAGAAGCAAGAUAGCGUAAAGGCAGAUGUUUGUCCGUGGGAUACAGAAGAGCCAAAGGUUCUACAGAAGCAAGAUAGCGUAAAGGCAGAUGUUUGUCCGUGGGAUACAGGAGAGCCAAAGGUACUCAAAAAGCAAGAUAGCGUACAGAAAGAUGUUUGUCCGUGGGAUACAGGAGAGCCAAAGGUACUCAAAAAGCAAGAUAGCGUACAGAAAGAUGUUUGUCCAUGGGAUACAGGAGAGCCAAAGGUUCUACAGAAGCAAGAUAGCGUAAAGGUAGAUGUUUGUCCGUGGGAUACAGGAGAGCCAAAGGUUCUACAGAAGCAAGAUAUUGAUAUUCUCAAAAGUGACCAAGAUGAAGUCACAGAGAACCAGAGACAGCUCAGGGUAGAAGAGAACCCACCAGAUGUCAGCGGUGAGCAGGUAGACAGGCCAAAAGAGAAACUGGGCCGGCGAGAUGCUUUGUGUUCCUGGCAGAUGGAAAGGAGUAGAUCUGGUUCUUUCACAGACAAUACCUCAGACGUCUUUAUAUGGGAGCCUGAAAAUAUCCCUGAGGAAGAUGAAGACGACGAUGCAGAAUUUGCUGCUGAGGCUCUUGUGUUCCCAUCUGACCUGUGAGAUCGUGAAUCCUCAACGACUUUUUCAGGUACCACAAGGGGAACUUUGUUUUUGAGAACCACAGGGAGGUCAGCUCACGAUCAGCUCCCCUGCAGACGGCAGAGCUGAAAUCCCUUUCUGUUGGAUAAGUACUCAGGCUUAUCAACGACAGAAUUUAGGGCUGCGUUAUUACAGGUCAGAAUACCCAUUUGGGUCAUGCCGCUUUCUGCCUAACAAGCCUUCAUAAGCUGGAGACAAUUAGUUGUGCAGACAUGACUGACAAUACUUUUUUUUGCUGAAGUACACAUUGCAUAAUGUCCCUCUUUAAACCAGCAAUGAACUACAGACUGACACUGGUUGAUCGAAGGGCAUCUGAGACAUUAAGAUAGAGUCCCUUUUGUUCCUGAUUCCCCACUUUAAAUUUAACUUGAAAGUUUGUUUAGUUCAAAACCUGAACUAAACAAGUCUCGAGUGCUGGCAUUCAAAAAUACAGCGCAAGACGAAUGAAUCUAUUGAGAUUACAGUCUAAUUGUGUUCUUUUGUGGAAAUUAUAUUUUCAAAAUAGAUGUGUAAAUGGUACAUUACAUGUCGUAUUGAACAUUUUUGAAAACUAUGCAUACUUGUUUGCUUAAGUGACCAUUUAAGGACUAAACGCCAAUAUUUAAUGUUCCUCCCUCACUUUUGAUUAAGUCAAAAAUAAUAGGAUAUAAAGACUUAAAUAGACAAAGCCAACAAAAUUCAUAAAAUCACCAUAAACUCAAGAUAUGCUAAACCCUAACACUGCCUAAUUGUUUUGUACUGCGAGAAAAUGAGAGUAACAUUAAAUUAACAGUGUGAUUAAAUACAUACUUUUUAAAUGUCUGGCGAUUGCAAAAAAACAUCAGUACACUUGUGUUGCAGGCAAACUGACCCGUUUCCAAUUUAUAAAUCAAAUUGUGAAUAAUGUCAGUUUUAGAGGUUAAUCCUCGGUUUCAAGGAGAUACGUGACUUCGCCCUGUUAGCUGAGUAAUGGCUAGGUAAGGUUUUGGUCAACAACACAGGUUUUUGUGAAGGUCUUCUAUGCAGAUAAUGGUAUUGGUCAAUAUAUUAUAUACAUUAUUACAUGUUUGCCACCACUGUAAUAUUCAUUAAUAUGUUUGUAUAUGAAAUAAAGGUAUGUUUGACUCCAUUCGUAUGCAGAUAGCUGGUAAAACUUAAUGAGACAAAUUAAUCUAAAUGACAUUUCGGGAUAAGCCAUGGCCAUACAUUUUAAUAUCUGUUGUAUUUUUUAGGAAUCAUUCAAUCAUGAGGCAAUUGCAACUUUUAAAUAGCUGUAUUGUGUUUGAAGAGGUUUCAUUGUAAAUAAAUCUAACAAUGUAUACAGGUUUCUGUGUAGGUGUAACAAGUCAAAUGUCUUUUCCAUCACUUGGUAAAACGCGGGUGUUUUUCAGCACAUGUUCCAGUGUCAUGCAGAUGCAAUGAUUUUUCUUUUUUUUACAUUCAGCGAUCUCAUUAUUUACGCAUUCCUGCCAAUUUUAUGUCAAUAGCGACCUAGUUUUGUGAGAACUGUUGCAUGUUUGUAGAUGUAAUUUGUUGUCACUUUUUUUAAAGAAGUGUAUUGUAAGACAUUCCUUGAUUUGCAUAGAGAGGUCCACUUUGUUUUCACUUUUGUAUGCAAUAUCUUCUGUGAAAGAUUAUUCUGAUAAAGACAUAUCUGUUCAAAUCUACUGGUGUGAAGACACGCAGAUGGUACACUUUAUUUUUGUAUUUCCCUGAGGUCAUGCAGUGUAUUCAUCACAAAAAUAAACCACUCAAUUUCCUGA